UAUAUAAUUCCAUGUUUACAUCAAUGCCUUCUGCGACACGUAUUCCUCCGGUGUGUGUCUGUGUGUGUGUCUGUCUGUCUGUCUGUGUGGGACGCGGCUCCUGGCACAGCAAUUACACAAUUUUCUGGAACUGUGGACCCACCCAGCACAACCCCGAGGAUGAUGCAAGAUGUGCUGGAGGCCAAUGAGCCAAUAGCACAGCCCGGCCUCAUCCAGAGAAUAAGCACCAGCAUUAGCAGAUGCCUGUUUCUCCCCGUGGGCUUUGUUGUGCAGCUGUACCAGCACUACCUAGACAAAUGGACGCCCCACACAGCCUCACGAUGGGCCUUCACGCUGGCCCUCAUCUUUGGCUUUAUGGUGCGCAUCAUGCUAAGGCAGGGCUGGUACAUUGUCUGCUAUGCCCUUGGCAUCUACCAUCUCAACCUCUUCCUCGCCUUCCUCACUCCCAAGAUUGAUCCUGCGUUUUCACAUGAUGAUGCAGAUGACGGGCCGGGGCUGCCCACCAAGGCCAAUGAGGAGUUCCGUCCCUUCAUGCGGCGACUCCCAGAAUUCAAGUUCUGGUACAGCGUCACCAAGUCAACUCUGGUGGCCUUCUUCUGCACAUUCUUCCAGGUGUUUAACGUCCCUGUUUUCUGGCCAAUCCUUGUCAUGUACUUCAUCACGCUGUUCUGUAUCACCAUGAAGAGACAGAUCAAGCAUAUGAUCAAGUACAAAUACCUGCCCUUCUCCCUGGGCAAGCCUCGCUACCAGACCCAAGAGAACUCCAGCAAGCCACCAGCACACUGACCCUGCUGUGCUUGGGUUGGCAGGACACUCUUAGGGUUAACAUAAGCUGCUGAUGAAGAUGUUUUACACUUCUUGCAGCUAUUCUUUUUUUUAUUUAUUACUAUUAUCUUUUUGUAAUUUUUUUUCAUUAGAUUAAGGUCAUAGAUCACGCGCUGCUGGAGAUGCUGACCGGAGCAUUGCUAAGCUGUGACCCAUCGACUGAGGUGGCUAUUAGUGCUACGGGAAAGUGUCUGUGCCAGUGAGAAGAGUGAAACUAUUGUGUUUGAGUGCCAGCAUCAAGCAGCUGCCAAGACCACAUGGCUCCAAGAACUGUUUCUCCUCUGCUCCCCUAACAGGUUGGGGCUCAGGUUCUCUCAGAAUUUAGCUCCACAUUCACUUAGUAGCUACAUGCUAAAGAGAAUAUAAAUAUUUUUCUCCUAGAGAUAAUUUUUUAUAUUGCACUGAGUGAAGGGUGUAAUUAUAUGUUUGUUUCUUUCUGAGAGAGAGAAGGAGAGUGAAGACUUGCUCCCCUUCCUUUAUUAGAUGAAUCUAUAUAUUCUUCAAUAAACACGUGAGCAAGAAAAGCUUGGUGUGGACACACUCUCAGUGAGAGGGAGUGGUGUGUCCCACCAGGCCUCAGAGAGCUUUCACUCGUAUAGGUUUGUCAUGAAAUACCUGCUUAUACAUUGGUCUUAAAUUCUGGUUGCAGAAACAUUCUUCAGCAAGGAAAUAGUGUGGGGAUCCACACAGGGCUUGUGUUAGUGAGAACUUUAAAAUUUUGGGGUAUCCUGUGGAUACUGCAUUUGGCUUAAACUAAAGUGUGCAAGACCUCAUUUUCCUUAUGCCAUUCUGAUUUUUUCUGUUCUUUUUUAUUAAUUCAUUAGGGAGACAGGCAGGUAGUGGACAACCUGUGAUUAGUGCAUGGAAUAGUUCUGACCAUGAUCUGCACUUGGGAAAAUAUAAAAUCUUCCAACAUUAGCAGUACUGUACCUUCAUAGAGAUCUCUGUGGGAUCAGAGGGAGAGAGGAGAGAUAAGAUGCCUCUUUGAACUGCUUCUGAUGUGUUAAAGUAGAGAAAGAUAAAUGAGAUACUGAAAGAAAAGACAUAAUUCUGAGCUUGCUGCAGAAGUGUGAGCUGACAUCGACAUGAUAACCUGUGCCUGUGACCUCUGUUUCCACUCUUCAAGGUCUUCACAUAGGUGGUAACUGUUAAUAUUAAGUGUUGUCACAGAUUUUCAUAUUUUCAUUAAUUGUUUGUGUUCAUGUAUAACCAUUCAAGCUGUAGAGUGCUAGAGGAGAAUUCUUUGAUUUUGAUGUUUGUUGAUUAAAAAAGAAACAAAUUGUGAGUUAGGAGAGCGAGAAAGUGUGUGUGUGUGUGUGUGUGUGUGUGUGUGUGUGUGUGUGUGUGUUAUGAAAAGCUACUUAUAAUGGAUUGGUUUGUAAAAGUGUAAGCUCCCCAAAGAAAAAAUAGAGAAAGAGUUUACUGCUGGUCAAAAUAAAGAAAUAAAAGACUUAAAAUAUAUAUGACUGGAAAGGUUAUUGGCAUUUUCACCAAGAGCAAAGAUGAAGUUCCAAGGUCUUAAUUCUCCUUGUGGCAGUUCUUACGACUUUCCUCUGUCUCAUACUCGCCUGUUUCCAUGUCUAUGCAUUCCUGACUACUCAUGUUCUUUGUUUUCCUCAUUAUUUCUCUCUCUCUCUCUCUCUCUCUCUCUCUCUCUCUCUCUCUCUCUCUCUCUCUCUCUCUCUCUGGUUUGUUAGUAUUCAGGAAAGGGGAGCAAGAUGCAUGGCUAUAAGGAGGGCAUUUUUCUCUCUCUCUUCUAAGCUUGUCAACACUUGUUUCCAGGACACAACAAUAGAACCGAUAUGGAUAUAUGUUCUCUGUUUCCACUUUAAUUUUCUUCUCUUAUCGAAAUCCGAUUAGGAACCAAUGGUAAUGUUGCCUCCCGUUUUAUUUAUUUUUUAUUUAUUUAUGUAUUAUUAUUAUUAUUAUUAUUAUUAUUAUUAUUAUUAUUAUUAUUAUUAUUAUUUAUUUUUUCAUAACAGGCUGCAGUUUUGCUUUUCCCAUUGUAGUCUGCCUAGUUCUCAGUUACUUGCUUUGUUUUAUUCAGUGACUUAACCAGUUUGGGUAAAAAUUUCUUAUGGAAUCAUCUUGAUAGAGAAUUGUUAGUCAUGGUUAUUUUACUUAUUUUGUAGUGUAAUGAAGUCAUAUAAGUUAACUUUCAGAUGGAAGAUGGUUAAAGGUUUACUAGAGAUGUUUUGAAAUAACUUCUUUUCCAUUUACCAUGUCAAAAGUUUUAUUGGUAUGAUGUAUCUGAGUUGAUGUGCUCAUACAUUACCUCGUUGUGUUCUAAGGAUGAACAAGAUUUAUAAUGGCAUCUGUAAAUAAGUUGUUGAGUGAGUGAGUGACCAGACCUUUUUACCAGGAUCAUGUCUUUGUACAGUCUUGUCAACAAAUAGAUUAAACAGUAUAA